AUGGCAAUAGCAAAGGGUGCCGGAGGAUAUGUUUUCAACUCACAGGCACUAAUCGCAGAUGGCGUGCAUGCACUGACAGAUCUGGUCUCGGACAUUACGACACUCGCAACGAUCUCAUACUCUCUCAAACCACCUACAUCAAGAUUUCCACUUGGAUACGGCAAAGUCGAAUCGCUGGGCGCGCUAGGAGUGUCUGGAUUACUUCUCACUGGUGGGAUCAUGAUUGGUCUACAAGCUGUGUUGGCUCUAUGUCAACAAUUCUUCCCUGGGAUCGCACAUGUUCUAUCUGAUCUUGGCAUCUUCGAGCACAUACACGACCAUGGUCACCACCACGGCGCAGCGAGCGUGGGACCGAACAUAAACGCUGCAUGGGUCGCAGCAGGCAGUAUCAUUGUCAAGGAGUGGCUUUACAGAGCGACGAUCAAGAUCGCAAGGCAGAAGCGGAGUAGUGUGCUGGCGAGCAAUGCAUACCAUCAUCGGGUGGACAGUUUGACGUCAAUCGUUGCUCUUGUGACCAUCGUUGCCAGCAACUUUCUUACCAGUGCACAAUGGCUCGAUCCAGUUGGUGGACUGGCGAUCAGUGGCAUGAUCGUGCAAGCAGGAUGGGGAAAUACAAAAGCUGCACUGCUCGAGCUAUCAGAUGUAGCAAUGGAUGAGGAGGUGAGAGACAAGGUCGACCAGACAGCACGAGCAGCACUACAAGAAUACUUCGGCUCCGAUGCCGAGCUUCGCGGCGUACAAGGUGUCAAGAGCGGACAGAACUUCUUGGUCGAUCUGGAAGUGUUUGUGGCGGAAGACAUGUCGAUCGGCCGAGCAGAGGAGGUCGAGGGUGAGAUCCGACAGCGAGUUACGUCGAAGGUGCGAGGGGUGCGAAGGCUCGCGGUGCGGUUCACAUCGAAGGACAAGGGCAGGGAGGCUUUUUCAAACGAGUACGUGGCUGGCAGGUUGGGAGACACCGUGGAGGAGCACAGCCACGACGAUCACGACCAUGCUAAUGGCCAUACUGAGAGUAAGGACAAGAACGAAGCGAAACGGCGAUGA